GGGAUGUCUGCGGGAAGCGCAGGGAUGACCGGGGGAAGUUGCCACUCGCGCCAGUGAGGAGGAAAUAAUCACAAUGUUACCUUCUUAUGAAUUAUUAAGUACCCUGUGCCUAUUUUAGUCCGACUCAAAAUGCUGCAUUUUCAUCUGUGGGUCUGAGGCAGUGUGCAAGGGUGUUUUUUCUUUGACAGCUGUAUUACUGCUGAUAAGCGAGGCUGUGUGAGCUGAUCAAGUAGUGAGACAAGCGUUCAGAGCAGUAGCAGCACAGCAGCAGCAGCGCUCUAGUCACAAGGAGCCGUGGCAGCAGAAGCAGCAACAGCACUAUCAGUCACAGCAGAGGCAGCAGCGGCGGCAGCAGCAACAAACUCUCUCCUGUCUUUUUCUCUUCUUUCUGGAGUUGUUUCCUGCUCAGAGGACGAAAGCCAAGGAAGUAGGAGGAAGUGAUCCAGGGCUGAUAGCUGCCAUCAAAAACAAGACCAAAACGCAGACCUGGCUGCCCCCAUGCCUAUCGAAUUUGUUUGCAAAAUCAAAUUUGCAGAGGAGGAUGAGAAGCAGAAAAACAAGCAGGAUGGGGACAAGGAGAGCCUGAUCGAGGAGAUCUGCACACCUCCGGCUAAGGACUUGGCCGGGUUUGCUAACUCCUGCUCCCUUCAUGGUAUUAACCACAUCUUUGUCUCUGGUCGCCUGGGCAUCCGGCAGACUCUCUGGGCUCUUGCCUUUUUGACUUCACUGGCGCUGUUUCUGUACCAAGCGGCUAAGUGUGCCAUCUCUUACCUGGAACAUCCUCAUGUCACAGCUCUGAAUGAAGAGGCAAGCCCAGAAAUGGUUUUCCCUGCUGUGACCAUCUGCAACAUCAACCGCUUUCGCUUCUCUGCGCUCACUGAUGCCGACAUCUACCACCUGGCUAACUUGACAGGUCUGCCCCCCAAAAACAAGGAUGGGCACAAACCUACUGAUUUAAUGUAUCCUGCCCCUGACAUGCAGGACAUAUUCAACAGGACAGGACAUCAGUUAGAAGAGAUGCUCAUGAGCUGCAAUUUCAGUGGACAGAACUGUUCAGUCGAGGACUUCUCUGUGGUUUACACCAGAUAUGGGAAAUGCUACACUUUUAAUGGCAACAAGACCACAUCCAGGAAAACCAAGCAGGGCGGAAUGGGAAAUGGGCUGGAGAUCAUGUUGGAUAUCCAGCAGGAUGAGUAUCUGCCCAUCUGGAGAGAGACAAAUGAGACGUCCCUGGAGGCCGGCAUCCGAGUUCAGAUCCAUAGUCAGGACGAGCCUCCCUACAUCCACCAGCUGGGCUUCGGCGUCUCUCCGGGCUUCCAGACCUUUGUUUCAUGUCAGGAGCAGAGGCUGACCUACCUGCCCCGGCCCUGGGGGAACUGCCGCUCCACCAGCAAAGAGAAGUUCCCGGGAUACGACACAUACAGCAUCAGUGCCUGUCGCUUGCUCUGCGAGACCAACGAGGUUCUGCGAGUGUGCAACUGCAGGAUGGUGCAUAUGCCUGGAACUGCAGAUAUCUGCCCUCCCAGUAAAAUCAACUGUGUUGACAAAGCACUCGCACAGCAACAGAAGAACACUGGGGACAGCUGUCCAUGCGAGACGCCCUGUAAUCUCACCCGCUACGGUAAAGAGCUUUCCAUGGUCAAAAUCCCCAGCAAGGGCUCUGCUCGCUAUCUCUCCAGGAAAUACGACAAGUCAGAGGACUACAUCAGAGACAACUUCCUGGUUUUAGAUAUCUUCUUCGAAGCUCUGAACUAUGAAACAAUUGAGCAAAAGAAAGCCUACGAUGUUGCAGGUUUAUUAGGUGACAUUGGUGGACAGAUGGGCUUAUUCAUUGGAGCCAGCAUCCUGACAGUCUUAGAAAUAUUGGAUUAUAUCUAUGAGCAGGUGAUCAAGCACCGGCUACAACGUCUGCUGAGGCCACAGAAAGAGGAGAAGAAGAGCAAGCAGCAGACCAGCACUGUUGCAACAGUGGGUCUUGAGGAAAUGAAAGCAAAGGAGCCCAAUGACAUGACACGGAGUCACCCAGAGGGGGCGUACGCCAACACGAUCCUUCCUAACCACCACCACCCUCACCCUCACCCUCACCACCAUCACGCUGGGCACCACGGGGUGUUUGAGGACUUCGCUUGCUAGAGCCAACCAUUGUUUCCAGUCCUGGUGACACCAAAAGAUAAGAGCCGUCUGUGUUGAGAUCAAUAACAGACCCUCGGCAUUUCCGUCGGUCCUUUGCUGUCACCAGUGAAAAGCUACAGCCAAAGUCGAACACCAAACUUGUGCUGCUAACAAAGCACUUGUACGUACAGUAUGUAGGCACAAAUUGGACACCGCUUUUACUUUUUUUCUCUCUCUCCGGAUGGGACCCCUCUCAACUUUGUCCAGCUUCAUGUGAGAAGUCAGGCACUUUGUGAUUUGAGGACCAAUUUUUGGUACAUUAUCACUAUAAGGGAACAAGAGGAGGACUGCAUGUCAUCUUGAUCCAGUUUAUACUCCAAAAAAAGAAAAAUAUGAUUUAUUUAUUCAGCUAGCAUCUCAGAUUUUUUUCUGUCUGUCUCCCUCCAUUUAUUUAUUAUCCUCAAACUAUUCCUCCUACUUCAUGGGGAACACACUGUACCAUAUCAAGCCAUUACACAUUAUAAAUGAUGUACUUAUUUAAAGAGAUACUAUUAUCUAUAUGUUCUAUAUUGUAUACAAGACUUCAUCAAGCAAAUUGUUUCCAUCCAAAAUAUGAGGGGAAUUAUUUAGGCUGAACUGUAUGACCUUGGCUUAGAAGAUCUAGCAGCAUCUUUCCACAUGAUACACUUUGUCUGGUUUGUGGUUAAGGUGUUAGAGAGUAGCAUUGUGCUUGUACAUAAACUCCAACUUUAAAAUUCUAAAGUUCUAAAGCUCUGUUUCAAUGGCUGUUGUUUAUAUUCAGUUGAUAUAUAACUUAUGUAAUAUUAAUUUGAGUUAUUUAUACAUUUUAGAAAAUACUUUUAUAUGACAAUAUAAAUCACAAUUGUAGCAAUUACUGGACACUUACAAUCUGCAGAUAUGUUAGACUGCCAAACAUCAAUACAUUUGUCCAGGUAACAAAGAUGGACUGUAUGGAUCGUAACUAUUAUCUCCAUCAUUUUCUUUUAUACGUCCUGCUUUUUCCAGGAUGACACACAAAUCGUGGAUGAGGGAUGGAUGAUGUUUACAGACAUGACAUGGUUGUACUUAAAUUAUUCUUCUUAUUCAAUUUAUUUCUGCCCAGCAUCCACUCUUCACUUUGGUUAGCAUCAUAACUUUAAGCUGACAUAAGCAAUAAGAAACUGAAUUUUAUUUUUUGCCAAGCCAUCUCUUUCAGCUUGUGGGCCAGUACCACUGUAAAAGUGUAGCAGCUAUUUACAGCGUAGACCCGGCAUGUUUGUGCAUGUGCGUGUUUGUGUGUGUGUGUGUGUGUACUUUAACAUUUUGCACACAUGACUGAGCACAUUAGACUGUUUGGAAAAAAGGACAGUUUGAAAAUCAGAAUAGUUAUCAAGAAAGCUUGGAGUUUUAUUGCAGUAGUAAGGUUUUAUCUAAUAAAUGCAGAGUUAGAACAGUUUCAGUGGAGGAGUUUAAUUUAAAAAUUGCUCUGGAGGCUGAAAUAUUCUUAUUGGUUAACUUAAUCCUCAAUGGGUGGGACGAAGACAACAGUUUUAAAGAGCACAAGUUAGCAAAGCAGGAGUGAAAAAAAAAAUUAAUUCAUAAUCAUAUUUGUCAUUAUCAUGGAAGGUCAGCUUGAUAACUUGCCCUUAUGCGCUGCAGGAACUUAACAACAGCCUCUGGCUUCCCAUAACCUUAUCUUUUCAGUACUUAUGGGGCUUUGGUAUGAGGUUCUUCCUUGUAUUAUCCUUUGCAAAUUGAGACGUUUUGGAUUUACACUGUUAAAAAGGCAACAGUGGUAUACAACUAUUUAUGGUGGGAGAGUUAAGUAAACAGUUGUGGGAUAGACAACAUGGAAGAUGUAGUGCAGAUAUUGAUAUUCUUUCACAUUUAUGCUAGCUCCAGGGCAAUAUCAAAAAUGGGCUCCAGCUCUUUGAACCGCUUUGUAGUUUUUCAGUAGUUUCAUCUUUUUAAUUUAUUCCCUGCAAUGUUUGGCCAUGUAUCAUUGCCGGAUGCUGACAAAUCUUCUUGUCUACCUUUUUGUUUUUAAUGGUUCUCUUACCCGGACGGCUAUGUUUGUCUUCUUUUUUUUUUUUUUAAAUAGUUGUCGUGCUAAAUACAGAUGCAGUAGUAAAAUGGCGGUUGCUGUUGGGUUUUUUUUUGUACGCCUCAUGAGGAGUAUUACCCCUUGCUCCAGGAACUCAUCUACAAAACGAGUGAUGGAAACCAAAGUAGAACCCAUGCUAAUGGCUACACGUUAAGUUACUAAGUUACGUUAAGUUCCUGCAGUGGAAAACUUUAGCUUUAAAUUAUCUAAAUAACUACAGACUAGUACUGAAUUUCUAAAAGUAGCUAGAUAAACAAGCUAAUCACAACAAUUUGGCAUGACUUGAUACUGUUCUUUGUGACAGUUGAAAGAGUUAACUGGGCUUCAUAAUAUACUUAAUAUUAUAAUUUAUAAUAUCCUCCUUUCUUACCCUUUUGCUUUCAUCACUGGGCUUCAAUCUAAUGUUACGAUACAGGCACACUUGCAUCUUUUGCAAAUAUUUGUUUAGCUUCUUAUUCAUCUUCAUUGAAAACCAUGUAAAGACGCAUUCAGGAAUGUGCUUUCAGAAAUGAUGUAAUGCCUGAGAUGCAGUCUUUUUUAAUUAACUCUGACCUGCAAAAUGUCCGCCAUGUUAUUUUUAUGAUAAAUUAUUAUAAUAUGAUAAAUUAUUAUAAUAAUUUCUGAUGUCCCACAUUCAGUUGUAACACAGGACUACAUGUGCUAAAUCACAAGACAAAUGUUUUUAUCUUGGUGGAGAUGUUGAUCGUGUGUCCCUCAUAGCAUUCUGGCAGCUUAUUUGCUUUCAUGCAGCAAUUUGGGUCCAUAUGCUUCAGACUGUGAGAUCACAUCCUGUUUUGUUUGCUAAUUGUGAACAAAUUUUUGUUGGACUAAAUUUUAAAGUCCAACCCUAACCUGCACAAAAUCAAUCAAGUUUUGACAGGCCUUUGACAAUCCACUCUGUAUGUAAUUCCUAACAUUUGUCUAGGACAUUAAUGAAAUACUUCACAUUACAGGAUAUCAUGUUUACAAAUGACAACAUAAUUUUUCUGUUAAUUUGAUCAGUGCAUUCUGUUGCUGCAAUAUUGCUAUACAUCACUUUAGCUCACAGUGAGAUUCCACAGUCCUCCAUCUGUCAAAUCCCCUCCUCUUGUCAAGUAAUCAUGGGCUAUACAUGGCUGUUUAAUAUUCAUAAUCAUGUGUCACUUUGACAUUUUCAAAAGGUUCCCAAUCACAGUCUCUGAUGGCAUCCUGCACAGGCUAUGCAUAACAAUCUUCUCCUCUGUCAUCAAUAAUUGUAGCUAUCCUCAGACAAGUCACACAGGGGCUGGUGUGUUGAGAUGAAUACAGGGCUGCAUUAUCACUGUCGAGUUUUGUUUGAAAGGUAGAGCCUGGGGUAGAAAGGUUCAUCCUUGAGAUGCUGUGUUUAGCUGCACCGUAAAACACCACCUGAUUAAUUCUGUAUACAAAAGCAUUUAAAAACACAGAUAAGUAGUGGAUGACAGAGUUGAUUUUACAUCGGCAUGCGGUCUGUGUGAGGUGUCAGGGCUGAGCGGUGGGCGGCAGGUCUGUACUGUAGCAGAUGGGACAACUUCCCUGCUUGACAACAUGUAGCUCACAUUCCUGGGAUUCCUCGAGCCUCUACUCUGACCUCCCUUCUUGCACAGCUCCAUGACAUUCAGCCUGUAUGUGCUUAUUGCAUUAUCCAUAAAAAUCUAUUUAGUCCGACCAGCCACUGAUGUUAAGUUUUGAAUAUCCAGUGUUAUGUUCUUUCUCUUUCAGCUGCUUAUUUUUUAGCUGAGGUCUGAGAGGUCAUCUGAGAAGAGAAAAAUGAGUGCAUCCCAUAUCUGACAGAAAUGGAAGUGGACCAUCAUUGCAGUAACAAGGAACGCUUACAUUUUGUACAGAAGUGUAAUAUUGUGAUUAUUUCCUCUGUUAGAACACAUUUUAUAAAUGUUAAAUAUGGUAAAUACAACAACUAUUAAAGUUUAGAUUGGUAAAACCAGUGCCUCCUAAAUCCAGAGCCCAAUUCA